AUGAUUGGAAAUGUUUCAUUCUUUUAUCUGAAUCAAAAAUAUUUUAAAUGGUAACUUGAUAUUAAAUCUACAACCUAAAAGCUAGUUAAUUACAUCUUUAUUUUGGUAUUUCUAAAAGGAAUGCUUGAUUUUAUCAGUUUGAAUAAUUCAAAUUGGAUACCUCAUAUAGUAGUAAUACUUUAUACUUUUGUGUAUUUAUUACAUCUUAAUACUUACUUAUUCAAAUAAAACAAUAGGUAUGUUGUUCAUAAUUAAUCACUUCUGCGUUUAACAAUAAACAAACUAAAAUCCCUUUUUGAUGUUCAAGAUGCUUUCUAAAAUCUAGCUGAGACUCAUUUUGUAAUUUCAAGAAAGAUAAUGGAGACUGGAUUUGUAGGAAUAAUUGCUGCCUUAUUUUUAAGGGAUUAAAUUUUUAGUCUUGAGACUCUUUUUAUUCUAGGAGGAAUCUUUAUGAUCUUAGUGUGGGAUACAUCACUUGUGUCUACAUCAUCCAAACUCACUUUAAAAGAUCAAUAUCAAGCAGCUAGUUUGUUCUUUUUAGAUAUUCUAAUGCCAAUCAGAAAUAUUAUCCUUGUAAUCCUUGUUUGA